GGAGGGGCUCGGGUAGUCUUGAUGAAACAGCAGCGGUGUGUGUGUGUGUGUGUGUGUGUGUGAGUGUGAGAGAGAGAGUGUGUUUGUUUGUUAAAUUAAACAACAACUGAAACAUGGACACUGAACUCUGACAGAUGCGCACUCUGGAUUCUGGAUUUCAACUUAACCUGAACAAAAAACUCCUGAUCCGGACUCAAGGAUAAACCUGGACACGAAAGCGGAGGAAAAUACCCCAAGAGAGAUUGAGAUUCAUCCCUGCCAAAUCCAACCGUGCCAUGCACACACAAUGACCACUAAGAUGGCUUGGUCUGUGAUGUUGACAGUCCUGAUGCAUAUUUUCCUGCUGUCCCACAGUGUUCAGUGUUCAGAGUCCAAGGAAGUCUCCCCUCUCCGCUCAGAUGUCUUGGACCUCCCAUGGCAGGAUGAGCUGUGCUGUGACUCACCUGUAGGCCGCCUCAACGUGGAGGGAGAGGACACAGAGUCAUGGGGGUCAAACCGCUCUGAAUCAAACCUCCCACAUGAUCCCCGCUGCAGCUUCAGGAGCUCCACAACUGGAUCCCACCCUCAUGGGACCUCUGCCGGCGCCUGUUUGGACGUACUGUGCAGAAUUGACAACUGGGAAAAUCUAACUUGUGACCUUCAGUCUCACACUCCGACCUUAACCACUGUGGGUCUGGGUCCCAUAGCGGUUAGCUUACAGCGUCUGUUGUCAGACGAAGAAGAGUCCACCUCUUAUAAUCCUGUAUUCUGUACGUCCGAGGAUUCCUUCACUUGUUCGCUCCCUCUCGACGCCGCAACAAGCUUCGUCACCAUGGUAACCGUCAGCAUCUCCGACACCGUAGUCCCGCCAGUCCUUCUCAGGAUUCCCCCUCGACCUGACAUCCAGACUAUUGAGGCGGAGCUCAUUUUACACUGGGAAGACCCGUCAGACCUCGUCUCCGGCCCGCUGAGAUACGAGGUCAGAUACUCCUCCAACAGCCAUCACCCGGCCUGGCAGGUGUUGUCAGCACCUGGAGAACCCCGGUUGUCUUUGGACCUGAAGCCCAGACUGAAUUACACCGUCCAGGUUCGUUGCUCCGGCCUGGUCACGCCUCCUCUGUGGAGCGACUGGAGUGAACCUCACCACAUCUACCUGGACAGGGUGAGCUACAUCCCGGAGAAAGUGUUGGCCAAGCCGGGGGAGAACGUGACGGUGUACUGCGUGUUCAACGACCACGACAUCAACGCCAGCAUGGCCGUGUGGGUGCUCAACUUCCAGCAGCAGCUUCACCACAGCCAGUACCAUCCGGUCAACCGCUGGGUCAGCCAGAUCACAGUGCGUCCUUCUGAGACUCGCCUGUACGACCUGCUGCAGUGUACUCAGGAGUGGAACAUCCCGUACAGCCAGAUCUAUGUAGAGGGAGCUUCCAUUGAUAUAACCUGUGUAACCAACGGUGACAUCAACGCCAUGGACUGUAGCUGGGAGAACACACAGUGGACAAACCCCAUAUUCAGAUCCAGGUGGGCCGACCUCCCCUGCGAUGUGAUGGAAGAGAAAGAGCGAGCGGGUGAGACGGUGGGGGAGCUGGGACCUUCUUGCCUGCAUGUCAGAUUCAGGCAGAAGACGUGCACCAUCCAGCCUCUGAGGAUGAACUGCUACAAGCUGUGGCUGGAGGUCCCGUCCAGACUGGGCCCCGUCAGGUCUAAACCUGUCUACCUGUCCCCCAUAGAUCACGUGAAACCGCACGCGCCCACUCAUGUGAAGGCAGUGAGUCAGAGCAGCCGGGUCCUGGCGGUCACAUGGGAGCCGCCGUUCCUGCCAAGCGAGGGGGUCCAGUGUCAGUUUCGGUACCACUCACCUUUUCCUGUGAGAGCCCAGCCGGAGUGGAGGGUCCAGGAUCCUGUGCGGGUACCACAGGCGGAGGUCACCGUGGCUGACAUGUGCUGGGUGUAUGUGGUAGAGGUACGCUGCAUGCACACCAGUGGUACUGGAUACUGGAGCAAGUGGAGCGAGCCGGUCUACUCCACACCUCAAAACAGCAGAGCUCCGGAGCAUGGCCCUGAUUUCUGGAGGAUCCUUCAAGAUGAUCCGUACAGAAACCAGACUAAUGUCACUCUGCUAUUUAAGCCUCUCCAGAUAUCAGGACACUCUUACUGCGUGGAUGGAUUCAUAGUCCAGCACCAGACCUCGAGCGGCUAUAUGACGAGGGAGCAGGUGGAUGUGGCGUCUUCCUUCAGCUUUGAGUGGGACCAGUCGCUUCAGACUGUGACUGUGGAGGCCUACAACAGUCUGGGGAGCUCCACAAACAACUUCAACAUGACGCUGGAGAGACAGCCCAAACGCCGAUGUGUGCGCUCAUUCAGCGUGCUGGUCCUCAACAGCACCUAUGUGUCUCUGUCAUGGACUCUGUUGGACAACAGCUCUGCGCCUCUGUUCAUGGUGGUCCAGUGGUCUCCUCAGGGCCAGAAGGACUCUGAUCAUCACAAAGGCCUAAGUGGAGAAACAUGGGCCAGACUGCCUUACACAGAACGCCCCGUUUACCUGAAAGGUGAUUUCUUUGACUCUGAGGAGUGUGGUUUCUACAUGUACCCUGUGUUUGCUGAUGGAGAAGGAGAGCCAGUGUACACUACAGCUACCAGAGGAGACCCCGCAGCCUACAUGAUGCUCAUGAUUGUCUCCUUCCUUUCCAUCGUCCUGUUUGUCACCCUGGUCCUCUCCCAAAACCAAAUGAAAAAGUUUGUGUGGAAGGAUGUGCCCAACCCCAACAAAUGCUCCUGGGCCAAAGGACUAGACCUCAAGAAGAUUGACACCUUUGACCGACUGUUCCAGCAUCCAGAGGGUCUCCCAGCCUGGCCGCUGCUCCUGCCAUCGGAGAACAUUUCCAAAGUGGUCAUUUUAGACAACGUUGAUCUCUCAGCUCUGACCACAGCUUUAGUCCAAGCUCCUCGUGUGUCCCUCACUCCUGAUGCAGUCACUACCACGUCCCCUUCAGCGGACAAACAAGCCCAAACUAAGAAGAGCGACUUAGUGUUAAAUGGAGCGCCUUCCUUUGUUCUUAAUAUCGAUGAUUUAACCGGUUCCAACCCAAGAACAGAUCAGCUACAGCUAACAGACGAUCCCCCAGGUAGUGCUGACAUCUCUGCCCAGUCUUCAGUCAUAUACGCCACCGUGCUGCUCUCAGAUCACAAGCAGGAUCGUCUCCACUACAAGGACGGCAGCGGCAGCAGCUCCAGCGACGAGGGCAACUUCUCUGCCAACAACUCGGACAUUUCCGGGUCGUUCCCCGGCGGUCUGUGGGAGCUGGACGACCCGCGCCGCUCCUGCUCAUACAACUCUGUGGAGGAGCUUUCUGAAACGUCAGAGCAGGAGGACGAAGGAGAGGGGGGGACGAGAGAGCAGAAGGACUUGUUCUAUUUAGGGAUGGACUAUCGAGGAGAGGACGAGGAGAGCGAGGACGACGACGAUGAGCAGAGAGAGGAAGGGACAAAAAAUGAGCUGCUUAAAAAUGUUGUUUUGAACAGAGAGGACUGCUCCGUCGAGUCACACCCUCUUCUAGGCUCGGAGGACUCGAGCGAGCUCGGUCAGCUUCUGCCGCCGCCAACAUGCGUCUACUCUCCGCUGUACCUGCCUCAGUUCAGAACUGUCCAGAGCACGAGGCAACUCGCGGCUCAAACGCAAGACGGCAAAUCCCCCGCUGCUGCGAUUCUCAAACAGACUGCUUUCAAAUGAAAAAUGUGCACGUUGAAAUGCUUUUGUGACGUGAUUCAGCGAUGCCGAUUUGCAUAUGUCCAUUCAGACUUGAAGCGGCUGGAGAUCAAGAUUUCAAAAAAAAAAAAAUAUCUUAACUUACGUGCGGUUGCAAUUUGCCAUUCAUCAAAGCUGCUAUUGUGUUCUGUGUGAGAGACAUCAGGAGAGCACAAGCCUCAUUUGAAAGGCGUUAACUUAUUUCUUCAGGGGGGCUUUUAAAGUCCAGAUUCUACUGUGCCACACUGCCCCUCUGCAUCUGAGAACAUUGCACUCACACAUUCACAAUGAAGGUCAGGCCAGUGGAAAAAUGUGUAAUCACUGCUCAGGGUGAGAGUCAGCAGGUGACCUGUACAAAGCAGAGAUUUGAUCGUCCGGAAGGAAAGCAGCAAAGGAGGUAUUCUUGUGACUUCAAACAUCUCAUACUAACAGCUUUUAAAAGGUGGAAACAUCUUAGAUUCAUGAAUGUGGUAAUGCUGUCUGAUUCUCUAUUCACUCACUGCCAUCAUGAUGUAGAAAACAAGUUAUCGGUUAUAUCUGCUGCAUCAUUUCAGCACAUGAAAAGAGGUUCAAAGAGAAUAAAUAAGCGCACAAAAAAAGCCAGGGAGGAAGAAGCUCAUAAUGUGCGGUUUUUCUCAAAGCACAUUAAACUGUGAAGUGAAGGCAAAACCCCUGGAUGUCACUUCAAAGAUGAUGCUGUGACUAAACCAGUUAAUGAUGAAAACAGACGCAAUCUGUGAGUAAACUGAAGGUAAUAUUUUUGACGCAGAGUAAAUUGCAUUUAUGUGUGGGGGAAGCUUGCGCAACAUCUGCAUGAACUAACUCGCCUGCCGCCAACCCAAAGAAAGUCAUUUUGUACUUUGUGCUGUAAUGUGUUUUAAGACUCUGUUACAGUGGGUGAUCUGUUUUCUCUGUGUCGUGCCAUUUACAGAGCUGCUGUCUGUUUGUACAUAAAAGACAAAAGAAUGUAUAUUUGAAAAACAACAGAAGAAGUUUGAGUUUAUGAAUGUUACUGUAAGAUCUUCUAUCUAUUUUUCAUGUUGAAAAUAAAGUGUCUAUU